AAAGAUGAGUCUUUUGGGGCUUCUCUUGGUGGGAUUUCUCUCUUUGGGAUCAUCUGUCUAUGCGUCCAGUGAUGGUUGGAUGAAUGCUCAUGCAACCUUCUAUGGAGGGGGUGAUGCUUCUGGCACAAUGGGUGGGGCUUGUGGAUAUGGGAACUUGUAUAGCCAGGGGUAUGGGACUAACACUGCUGCUUUGAGCACGGCCUUGUUCAACAAUGGUUUAAGUUGUGGGGCAUGUUUUGAGAUUAAGUGUGUUAAUGACAAAAGGUGGUGCCUUACAAGCUCAAUUGUGGUCACUGCCACCAAUUUUUGCCCACCAAACAAUGGAUUACCAAAUAAUGCAGGUGGUUGGUGCAACCCUCCUCUUCACCAUUUUGAUCUUUCUCAACCUGUCUUUCAACACAUAGCUCAAUACAGAGCUGGAAUAGUACCCGUGGCUUAUCGAAGGGUCCCUUGCCAAAAGAGAGGUGGCAUAAGAUUCACCAUCAACGGCCAUUCUUACUUCAAUCUAGUCCUAAUUACCAACGUUGGUGGUGCUGGUGAUGUUAAUGCAGUUUCCAUCAAAGGUUCAAGAACUAAUUGGCAGCCAAUGUCUAGAAACUGGGGUCAGAACUGGCAAAGCAACGCUUACCUCAAUGGACAGAGCCUCUCCUUCAAGGUUACCACUAGCGACGGUCGAACCGUGGUCUCUUAUAAUGUUGCACCUGCUGGCUGGUCCUUUGGCCAAACCUUCACAGGCCUUCAAUUUCCUUAAGAGACACAGAAGAACACAAACCCUUCAUAUUUUGUCAUUGGGAGUGUUGGUAGCUAUAUUUAUUGUGUUUGUUAUACUUAGUGAUAUAAAACAGGUAUAGUUUGUAAUAGAAAGGGAAUAUGAUAGUGAUUGGUGAGUUUUAGGAGCAAAUGAAAGGGGCUUAUUUUAAGAUAGUCCUAGUCAUUUGAAUUGUGUUGUGAGGAACUGUGUUCUGUUUUCAAUUUGAAAAAGGCAGAGACAGUUUCGAUAGCUGUGGUGGAUGUUUACGGUUUACCACCCUCUAGUUUCGUUUGUUGUGUGGUUCUUGUUAUCUAUGAAAAUGAAGAUGAAAAUGUGAAGCAUGAUAUUUGCUAGCUUAACAAGAGAAUAGCAUAGAAAAGAAGAAGCAAUUUUGCUUCUAUAUGAAGUCAUUGUCUUGAACUUUAUUUAACUCAGUGUAAUAGUGAAGGUAUGAUAUGAAUGAAUAAA